UUGUAAAUCUCAGUUAACUCGCGGAAUUCGUAGUUUUUGUUUGGCAGCUGACAAAUUUUUAGUAAAGAUUUAUUGUUUAUGCCAAUGUGUUCCUUAUUCGAAAUAAUUGAUAUUUUAUUGAACGUACGAUGUUUCAAACAAUAGAACAUGAUCAGAAUUUUUAUUUAAGUGGUGUACCUUGAAUCUUGUUACUUACAUUCAGUAAAAUAUAUAUUUACAUAUGUUGAAGCGUCUAACGUUUGCAAAGAAUGAAGAAAUUCAAUUGACACUCGAGCAUUGAUAUUCCGAAGAAGAAAACUCAAAGAGAAGAAAUCUGCAGAUGGAAUAUUUAGAACGACGGAUGCCUUACCGAAGAAUACGAAGAAGAUAAUUUAAUGAUUACACAUAUCUUACAGAAUUCUGGAAUAACAGCAAUAUAUUGAGAAUAAACAAAUGCAAGUAAAAUGAUAAUUCAAUGAACAAAUCGACGUUGGAAAGUUGUUCAAUUUAUAAUCUGAUGAAAAACAAAAAGUGGUAUGAUCGUUUAGUAUGAUAUUCGCUAACGAAUGUUCCAAGAAUUCGAACAAAGAUCAUACAUUAAUUAAAAUAUCUAUUGAUUAGACUUCAAGUUACAGAAAAAAGACAGUCAAUAGUCAUUCAAAUGUCAGCAAGGAACACUAUGGGGAGUACUGUAAAAAUUCCUUGUUCUACGGAAUUACCCAAUUCGAGGACCAACAAUUCAAACAAUGUGGAGCUACCGAUUGAUAUGCGCUUCAACGAAGGUCACGUUGUUAGUAUCAUCAUUUACAGCGCGUUGAUGAUAGUAUCUGCCGUGGGAAACACAACAGUGUUAGUGUUAAUUAUGCGGCGUAAACGUGCAUCAAAAUCAAGAAUACAUAUAAUGUUGAUGCACCUUGCGAUUGCCGAUUUACUUGUUACUUUUCUAAUGAUGCCACUUGAGAUUGGUUGGGCAAUCACAGUAUCCUGGAAAGCAGGAGAUGCAAUGUGUCGAAUAAUGGCUUUCUUCAGGGUAUUUGGUUUGUACUUAUCAUCCUUCAUUUUGGUAUGCAUAAGUAUGGACAGAUAUUAUGCCAUAAUACGACCCCUCCAACUCUGGGACGUCGAUAAAAGAGGAAAAAUUAUGCUAUGCUUCGCGUGGGUAGGAUCCAUGUUAUGCUCGAUGCCUCAGAUGGUAGUAUUUCACCUGGAAACCCACCCGAAUAUCACUUGGUAUUCACAGUGCGUCACAUUUAACAUUUUUCCAACAUAUACUCACGAAAUAACGUAUUCCCUCUUUGGAAUGGUCAUGAUGUAUUGUGUUCCUCUUUUUGUGAUAAUAUACACUUACACAAGUAUUUUACUGGAAAUACGUAGAAGAACGAGAAAAAGUGAACACGAUAAAAUUCGUCGAUCCUCCAUGGGAUUUCUGACACGAGCAAAAAUACGAACUUUAAAGAUGACGGUAAUUAUUGUUGCUGUAUUUUUCAUUUGCUGGACACCAUAUUACAUUAUGAGCCUUUGGUAUUGGAUUGAUCGGCAUUCCGCAUAUAAAGUUGAUCAACGAAUCCAAAAAGGCCUCUUUCUAUUUGCGUGCACAAAUUCUUGCAUGAAUCCUAUCGUUUAUGGAGCGUUUAACAUACGAGACCGCAAUAAGGUAUCUGUACGACCAGCUACUUUAGAAACUCGGGUCACUCCAUUGUCUUUGUCACUUAGACUUUUAGAUUGACCGUGUUUAUAGAUGAGAAAUACAAAUGUUACAACUAGGUAUGUACAAUCGGAUUUGACUGUAACGUAUAAAUUACGUGAAAUCAUUCAAGACGGAAUCAAUAAUAUAUAGAAAUAAAAAAUUUAAUAA